CAAUACCUAGGAGAUUUCAAGGUAAAAACUAAGAACCCGGUACUAGUGGUGGGCAAUACUCUCGACAACGUUACACCGCUAGCCUCUGCGCGUAACGUGAGCUCUGGUUUUGAAGGAAGCAUCCUACUUGAAAGAAAGGCAUUUGGUCAUACCUCAGCUGCUCAGCCGUCCAAGUGCACGGACGAUGUCAUCGCAGAUUAUUAUGCGAAGAAGAUUAUCCCCGAGCGUCACAUUAUUUGCGAUGUUGAGAAGGACGCCUUCGAGCUUGCCCAGUAA